AGCGGGCCCAAUGGGCGGCUGCGCCGUGGCGGACACGGGGUACGCGCGCGGAUGGGCCACCCGCGGCCUAGCUCAGUCACGGCCAUGGAGGCGCCCGCAGCUCGCCUGCUGCCGCUGCUGCUGCUGAUCUGGGCCUGUGCCCCGGCGCCGGGCCGCGCCUCCGCGGAGGCGCCGCCGCUGAUCAACGAGGACGUGAAGCGCACUGUGGACCUGAGCAGCCACUUGGCCAAGGUGACGGCCGAGGUGGUCCUGGCGCACGCGGGCGGUAGCUCCUCGCCCCGCGUCGCCUCCUUCCUACUGGCUCUGGAGCCCGAGCUGGAGGCCCGGCUGGCGUACCUCGGCGUGCAGGUGAAGGGAGAGGAUGAGGAAGAGAACAAUCUGGAAGUACGAGAAGCCAAAAUUAAGGGUAAAAGCGGGAGAUUCUUCACCGUCAAGCUCCCAGUCGCUCUUGAUCCCGGGGCCAAGGUUUCAGUCAUUGUGGAAGCCGUUUAUACCCAUGUGCUUCAGCCAUAUCCAACCCAGAUCACCCAGUCGGAGAAACAGUUUGUGGUGUUUGAGGGGAACCAUUAUUUCUACUCUCCCUACCCGACCAAGACACAAACCAUGCGUGUGAAACUCGCCUCCCGAAACGUGGAGAGCUACACCAAGUUGGGGAACCCCACGCGCUCCGAGGACCUCCUGGAUUACGGACCUUUCCGCGAUGUCCCUGCCUAUAGUCAGGACACUUUUAAAGUACAUUCUGAGAACAACAGCCCUUUCCUGACCAUCACCAGCAUGACCCGAGUCAUCGAGGUCUCCCACUGGGGUAACAUUGCUGUGGAGGAAAACGUGGACCUGAAGCACACAGGGGCUGUGCUGAAGGGGCCUUUUUCGCGCUAUGAUUACCAGAGACAGCCAGAUAGUGGAGUCUCCUCCAUCCGUUCUUUUAAGACCAUCCUUCCUGCUGCUGCACAGGAUGUUUAUUAUCGGGAUGAGAUUGGCAAUGUUUCCACCAGCCACCUUCUUAUUUUGGAUGACUCCGUAGAGAUGGAAAUCCGGCCUCGCUUUCCUCUUUUCGGCGGGUGGAAGACCCAUUACAUCGUCGGCUACAACCUCCCAAGCUAUGAGUACCUCUAUAAUUUGGGAGACCAGUAUGCAUUGAAGAUGAGGCUUGUGGACCACGUGUUUGAUGAACAAGUGAUAGACUCUCUGACUGUGAAAAUCAUCCUGCCAGAAGGGGCCAAAAACAUCCAAGUGGACAGUCCCUACGAGAUCAGCCGAGCCCCUGAUGAGCUGCACUACACCUACCUGGACACGUUUGGCCGCCCCGUGAUCGUGGCCCACAAGAAAAACCUGGUGGAGCAGCACAUUCAGGACAUGGUGGUGCACUACACCUUCAACAAGGUGCUCAUGCUGCAGGAGCCCCUGCUGGUGGUGGCUGCCUUCUACGUCCUGUUCUUCACCGUCAUCGUCUACGUCAGGCUGGACUUCUCCAUCACAAAGGAUCCGGCUGCAGAAGCCAGGAUGAAGGUGGCCUGCAUCACAGAGCAGGUCUUGACCCUGGUCAACAAGAGACUAGGUCUCUACCGUCACUUUGAUGAGACAGUCAAUAGGUACAAACAGUCCCGGGACGUGUCCACCCUCAACAGUGGCAAGAAGAGCCUGGAAACGGAGCACAAGGCCUUGGCCUCUGAGGUGGCGCUGCUGCAGUCCAGGCUGAAGACGGAGGGCUCCGACCUGUGCGACAGAGUGAGCGAAAUGCAGAAACUGGACGCGCAGGUCAAGGAGCUGGUACUGAAGUCGGCAGUGGAGGCCGAGCGGCUGGUGGCUGGCAAGCUCAAGAAAGACACGUACAUCGAGAACGAGAAGCUCAUCUCGGGAAAGCGACAGGAGCUGGUCACCAAGAUCGACCACAUCCUGGAUGCCCUGUAGCCCUGCACUUCCAGAGGGCAGGGUGGGAGUGGUGAACAUCAAGGCCAGCAAAUGCUGGCUUCUGUAUUUUGCAAAAGGCCUUCAAGGAAGAAAGAAGCCAGGCUCUGCCUCAGGCAAUACAAGAAGUUUUUGUCCCUAAAAUGUUCCUUUAAAAAAAAAAACAAAAAAUCUUAAAUGUUUUUAAAAACAAAAUAUUUUUGUGUGUUGCACAAAGAAAUUUUUGAGUUGGUUUUGUUUGUUCUGAAGCCUAGGAUAUUCUUUCCACCUGUAAGCCCCUUGUUUUAUGCCCUUCUAAUUCCUGAUGUUUGGGUAUUUUACAGGCGUGUGUGUAUGUUUUUUAAAGCAUGUGUGACCAAAUGAAAAUAAAGCUGGAACGGUGAA